AUGCCCCCGUCGUCUGCCCCUAGCCGAGCCGGUCUUCAAGUUCGCCACCACCAUCCGACUCCCCCCCAGCCUAGCAAGCAGAACCAAAGAGCCCCCAAGGCCCCCAAGGUCCCGAAGAAGGAGCUCAAGGUUCUCAUGUUACACGGCUACACCCAGUCCGGCCCCCUCUUCCGCGCCAAAACCCGCGCCCUCGAGAAACUCCUCGCCAAGUCCCUCGCCCCGCUAGACGCCUCCCUCACCCUUCACUACCCCACCGCCCCCAUGCGCCUCCGCCCCUCCGACAUCCCCGGCUUCGUCCCCGCCUCAGACGUCCAGCACACCGCCCCCGAGGACGAUGAGCUGGACAGCUGGGCCUGGUUCCGCCGCGACGCCGCUACCCCGACCCUCUUCGGUUUCGACGAGGGCAUGCGCGCCGUCGCCCGCGCCAUCGCCGACGCCGGCGGCGUGCACGGCGCCGGCCCCGAUGCGAGGAAGCCUCCCGCCGCCGCCGAAGGGUGGGCCGCCGCGCUGAGGGAGGCCAACGCGGGCCGGCCCCUCCAGUUCGCCGUCGUGUACUCGGGCUUCUUCAUGCCCGUGGACGAGGUUCAGUGGCUGUAUGAGCCCGCCAUCCGCACCCCGACCCUGCACUACAUUGGCGGUCUCGAUACAGUGGUGGAGGAGGCCCGCAGCAGAGGGCUCGUCGAGCGCUGCGUGGACCCGCUGGAGGCCCUGCAUCCCGGCGGCCAUUAUGUGCCCAUUACAAGGGAAUGGAUGAUGCCCAUCACAGGCUUCAUCCGCAAGUUUGCGGAGCAACUCGAAGAAAAGGACAGCCCCAAGCUGUCAUAG